AUGCCCUUGAUUCAAUCUUAUCACGAGGACGAGCGGGCAUUGCCUGGGAACCUUCAUAGCCGAAAAGUCUCUAUAUUGCCACGGUUAAACGGAGCGUCUCUCACCGUUGUCUCUCCAUGUAUUUGCUCUCAGGCUCAUUCAUUCGGGCUCCAAAGGGCUAAGGUAAAAACUGGAGGCGAAAUACCGUGGUUACACUCCUUCGCCGACCUUGAGGCUCACGCUCGCAGCUUCGUUCUGCGGAACUUCGUGCAAGUGUCUCAGCAGAGCGGAGAACUGCUAGAACUGCCUGUAGAGGAGCUGCAAGAGAUAAUCACGUCAGAGGAACUAAACGCAAAGGAUGAGGAAACAGUGUGGGAGUGCAUUCUCCGGUGGAUCAACCACGACCCGGAUAACAGGAAAGGUCACAUCGCGGGCCUCUUGAAGGGCGUCAGACUACUUGACGAAGAUUUCUUCAAGGAGAAGGUAUUAAAACACCCGUACGUUACGGAAAAUAAGGCGUGCAAACCCAUGAUCUCGAAGACGCUCACAUUCCUGGGUUACGUGAAAAGGUUGACCAAGGAAGACAAGGAAUUCGUGACACCAAGGAUUGACUACUCGCGAAUUCCACGGGACAUUCUGUUUGCUAUUGGUGGGUGUCACGGCGGAAGGCAUUCAGAUAUGAUCGAAGCGUACGACGUUCGAGCAGACCGGUGGAGUGUGGUGAGUUGCGCACAUUUCUACUCUGAAGAGGCCCAUUCACGUACGAGUUUGCUAUUGGUGGGUGUCACGGCGGAAGGCAUUCAGAUAUGA